UCUGCAAAGAAACAAUGGCAACAGAAUCUCCACGCCGCCCUAGUCGAUGUACUGGAGGAGUAGUUGUUCGCCCACAAGCUGUCACGGAACAGUCAUAUAUGGAAAGCGUUGUCACGUUUCUUCAAGAUGUUGUGCCACAGGCCUACAGUGGUACCCCACCAGCAGAAGAAAAGGAGAAGAUCGUUUGGGUCAGAUUUGAAAAUGCAGAUUUAAAUGAUACAUCAAGGAAUAUGGAGUUUCAUGAAAUACAUAGCACGGGGAAUGAACCACCAUUACUGCUAAUGAUCGGAUACAGUGAUGGAAUGCAAGUGUGGAGCAUACCUAUCAGUGGGGAAGCUCAGGAACUCUUUUCUGUCCGCCAUGGUCCAGUUCGAGCUGCACGGAUUUUACCAGCUCCACAAAUCAGUGCUCAAAAAUGUGAUAAUUUUUCUGAGAAGCGGCCUCUUCUUGGUGUAUGUAAAAGCAUUGGAUCUUCUGGCACAAGCCCACCUUACUGCUGUGUGGACCUUUAUUCUUUGCGAACAGGAGAGAUGGUCAAGUCCAUACAGUUCAAAACUCCUAUUUAUGAUCUGCAUUGCAAUAAAAGGAUACUUGUUGUAGUCCUGCAGGAGAAAAUUGCCGCCUUUGACAGCUGUACUUUCACCAAAAAAUUCUUCGUUACAA